AUGAGGAAACUAUCAAAAUCUGUCAAAAUGGAACCACAUUACUGUUCUUUUCACACAAAACCACAAAAAUCAAUCACACCAAUACGAAAAAUCGCGAAAUUCCUCGCGUCAAUUUCACCAAAUCGAAAAAAUAAAUUACGUGCGAGAGGUGUUGGACCGCAAAAAUUUAUCAUACCCACGAUUAUUGUCACGUGUGACGAUGAUGACGACAGUGACAGUGACGCAAGUAGUACCGACACGCGAAUUGUAGGAAAAGUAGUCUUCGUAGGGGAUGAAGGGAUGCUUGGGAGCAGAUAUGUAGUUAUUAAUAAACCUUCAUCAUACAAUGAAACUAUAUUAUUAAGCAAUUAUAAUUCACAAGUAGUUGUCUCUUGA